CUUUGCUGGAAAUAGACUAUUCCCUUGUAACUUUUAGUCACUUCACCAAACCCGUACUGAUUCCCUCCCCCCCACAUUCCUCAAACUUAUUUCUUCUUUCUUUAAUUUCUUUUUGAGAGUGAGUCUCAGGCUUGGCUUGGGAGGGGGAAGGAGUUUCUACUUUUUAGUUUUUCCAAUGGAGAAUGGUGGUGUCCAGACAUUUGAGCUUGUGGUGAAGCAGGGACGGCCGGCGCUUGUCCCUCCGGCAGAGCAGACGGAGAAGGGUCUCUACUUCCUCUCCAACCUUGACCAGAACAUAGCAGUCGUGGUUCGCACCAUUUACUCCUUUAAAUCUGAGCAGAAAGGCAACGAGGAAGCUGCCAGAGUCAUCAGGGAUGCCUUGUCAAGAGUCCUUGUUCGCUACUACCCGCUUGCUGGGCGGCUGACAAUUAGUCCCGAGGGGAAGCUUACAGUGGAUUGCACUGGGGAAGGAGCUGUUUUCGUCGAGGCAGAGGCCAAUUGUACCAUAGAAGAGAUAGGUGACAACACCAAGCCUGAUCCUGUGACUCUUGGCAAGCUGGUUUAUGACAUUCCUGGUGCCAAAAACAUUCUUGAAAUUCCCCCUCUGGUGGCUCAGGUGACAAAGUUCAAAUGUGGAGGAUUUGUCCUCGGCCUCUGCAUGAACCACUGCAUGUUCGAUGGGCUCGGUGCAAUGGAAUUUGUGAACUCAUGGGGAGAAACAGCCAGAGGCUUACCCCUCCGAGUCCCCCCAUUUCUAGACAGAACCAUUCUCAAGGCUCGAAACCCCCCAGAGAUCGAGUUUCCCCACCACGAAUUUGCUGAAAUCGAAGAUAUAUCAGACACUGCCGAUCUCUACAAACAAGAAAUGCUGUACAGAUCCUUCUGUUUUGGCCCUGACAAACUUGAACAACUCAAACUUAGAGCAAUGGAAGACGGGAGUCUAAACAAGUGCACUACAUUUGAAGCUCUUUCUGCAUUUGUCUGGCGAGCCCGAAGCAAGGCCCUGAAGCUGAAACCUGACCAGCGAACCAAGCUGCUCUUUGCAGUUGAUGGCCGGCCUAGAUUUGAGCCACCACUGCCAGAAGGAUACUUUGGCAAUGGCAUAGUGUUGACCAAUUCUAUGUGCCCUGCAGGGGAGCUGAUGGACAACCCCUUUCCCUUCGCGGUAAGACUAGUUCAGGAGGCAGUUAAAAUGGUCACUGACAGCUGCAUGAGAUCAGCGAUCGACUACUUUGAAGUAACAAGAGCCAGGCCUUCACUGACUGCAACUCUGCUGAUCACCACCUGGUCCCGGCUCUCCUUCCACACCACCGACUUUGGGUGGGGAGAGCCUCUGUUAUCAGGCCCUGUGGCCUUGCCUGAGAAGGAAGUGAUUCUCUUCCUUUCUCAUGGCAAAGACAGGAAAAACAUCAAUGUGCUUCUGGGAUUGCCGGCCCCUGCCAUGAAAAUCUUUGAAGAUCUCAUGAAGAUCUAGCUAGGAAGAACACCCUGAAUUCUUCCAUUAUUUGAUUGUUUUGAGGACUAUAUCUUGUGACUGUCACAUACAGUAUCUAUACAAUUUGUUUUGUUGAGUUCACAAAUGCAGUUUCAUAUCAUGCCUGCUGGUUCCAACUUCCAACAUGGGGGAGGAAGUGACAGAAAAUUCCUCCUAUUUGCUAUUUGGUGACCGUGAGAGAACGUUUGGAACCAAGAGCCAGGCAGCACAGUUUCAUAUCAUCUGCUGGUCAAUUCUAGUACUUAUUUGUUUCCUUGUA